CGAAACUAGCACUCCUCUCUGUUAAACACACCUAGGAAAAUGCCGCCACUCCCUGCUUUGCUCUCCCUUUCUUAAUAGCUCGAGCUCUACAAUCUUCUCUCUCGACUACUGCUGCAUUUUCCCUCUAUAUUCUCGAUCACAAAUUAAGAGAGAGAGGAUCUGUUGAUUGCAGAGGGGACAGACGAUGUCGGUUCUUCUGGUGACGAGCUUGGGGGACAUUGUGGUCGAUCUCAACACUGAUCGCUGCCCAUUAACUUCGAAAAACUUCCUCAAACUCUGCAAUCAUCUUAUGUGCUGCUCCCUUUGUAGAUUUCUUUAUGGUGACCAGGCUCGCUUUUUCGGUGAUGAGAUUCAUCCUGAUCUAAAGCACUCCAAAACUGGCACAUUAUCGAUGGCAAGUGCUGGGGAAAACCUCAAUGCCUCACAGUUUUAUUUCACACUGCGUGAUGAUCUUGACUAUCUUGAUGGAAAACACACGGUAUUUGGAGAGGUAGCUGAGGGACUGGAAACCUUGAUGAGGAUAAAUGAGGCCUUCGUGGAUGAAAAGGGUAGACCAUACAAAAACAUUAGAAUAAAACAUACGUAUAUCCUGGAUGACCCAUUUGACGAUCCCCCUCAGCUUGUGGAAUUGAUUCCCGAUGCAUCUCCCGAAGGCAAGCCAGCUAAUGAGAUGGAAGAAGUACGCUUGGAAGAUGAUUGGGUUCCUAUGGAUGAGCAAAUGGACCCAAAGGAACUUGAGGAAUUGGUGCGCAAGAAGGAGGCACAGUCUCGUGCAGUUGUGCUUGAAAUGAUUGGAGACAUACCUGAUGCAGAGAUAAAGCCUCCAGAGAAUGUACUUUUUGUUUGUAAGCUUAACCCUGUUACCCAGGAAGAGGAUCUAGAAAUUAUCUUUUCACGUUUUGGAAAAGUCAUAUCGGCUGAUAUAAUCCGUGAUUACAAGACCGGAGAUAGUUUAUGUUAUGCUUUCAUUGAGUUUGAGACUGAAGAGUCUUGUGAGGCAGCAUAUUUCAAGAUGGAUAAUGUUUUGAUCGAUGACCGUAGGAUACAUGUAGAUUUCAGUCAAAGUGUUUCCAAGCUGUGGUCUCAAUACAAGCGUGGUGGUAAAAGCAACCAAGGGAGCGGAUGCUUCAAAUGUGGUGCCCUUGAUCACCUUGCAAAGGAUUGCAGUGAGGGUUCUGAGAGGAAAGGAAACACGUCAAAAUAUGUCUUGAAAAACACUAAUACACAACGUGGUGAUAGCCACAAAAGCUAUGACAUGGUCUUUGAUGGGGAAGAUACUGAAAGCCCCCAAAGAGGAGAGGGAAAGCACACGGAUCACAAAAGGGAGGUGAGAGAAGAGGAACAGCGAACACAUAACAGAAACUCAGAUCAUCCUAGGCCUAAGGACCCAGAGAAGACAAAUUGGUACCGAAGGCAAAGAGAGGAACCUAGGAGUGAAGAGAGAAACAAACACAAGGACAAGAGAAGGGAAGAUCAUAAGGAUGGUAGUGGCAUGCAAGAUCAUAGAGCGACCGAAAAUCAAAAGAGGUACAUGGAUGAUCAACAUGGAAGAGAGGACAGAAAGCGAAGUAGGGAAGAGACAGAAAACCGCAGUCGUCAUCAUGACCAUUACCACAGCGAGAGAAGGCCAAGAGAGAGUGUUCGCCAUGAUCACAGGGAGGACAGCCGGACCCUAGAGCGAGAAAAGCAUAAGGAGAAUAGGAGAGAGGUGUAUGAUGAUACUCGUAGUGUUGAAGAUCGCAGCGAAAGAACCAAGACAGGGGGAUACAAGGCCAGAGAUAACUGGAAGAAGCAUUCAGGAGAUAGCCCUAUGAGGAGAGAGGAGAGGGAAGACAGAAGGCGACAUGGAGAGGAGAGAGAAUACAGGAAGCAACAUGGACAGGGGAGAGAGGAUAGGAAGCAACAUGGAGAGAUGAGAGAAAGUCAAGGACAGCAUCAUGAUCAUGACCGCAAAGAAAGAAGCAGAAGAUGAGACUUUUGGAUAUAUGUAUUAUUUGGUAUAAUAUAUAAUACGAAUGAAUUUGAAUCAUUUGAUGGUAACAAUUGACAUCAUUAUACAAGAGCUUCAUGUGAUCAGCAUGUUCACAUAUUCU